UAAGUCGGGUUCCACCACUAGAGUUCUCCCGGUGCUUCAGCAGCUUCGCUCGGCUCUGUUUACCUCCAGCGCUGCUGCUGUACUGUGGCCAGCUGGACACAAACCACCAUCCACAGCCUCAUCUAGCCCGAGAAACACUGAUGUAAGCUGCCUUGUGCUCAAUCCUUCGUGGAUUUUCCCCGCAGCGCUGUGUGUUAGUGACACUGUAACAGAGUUGUGAUGAAUAAGGAAGUCAUGUCACGUGUGGUGAAGAAGAGGCAGGCGGACCCCAAGGUGGUCCAGUAUGUGUGGGCGGCCAUCGAGGUCAUCCGCAACCAGAAACAAAUCGCAAACAUGGACAGGAUCUCCAAGUACCUGAGCCGCGUGUUCGGCAUGCACCCCAAAGAGACGGCCAGACAGCUGAGCCUGGCCGUGAAGGACGGGCUGGUGGUGGAGACCCUGACCGUUGGCUGUAAGGGCUCCAAGGCCGGCAUCGAACAGGAAGGAUACUGGCUGCCCGGCGAUGAGAUGGAGCCGAAAGCCGAGGGAAGCAAGGAAUGGGAGACAGAGAGCCACGACUGGUAUUGCUUCGAGUGUCACCUACCGGGCGACGUGCUCACGUGCGACAACUGCUUCCGGGUUUAUCACCUCAAAUGUCUGUCGGAGGAUAGCAAACCCAGAGACGGAGGGUCUCACUGGCAGUGUGUCGCCUGCAGGGGCAGUAAAAAGAAGAACCUGAACAAACAGGAAAUGAGUAAAUACCUGCGCUUCAUUAUCCAGCGAAUGAAGGAGAGGGCAGUGGACCUGAACAAGAAAGGCAAAGACACUAAACAUCCCAUGUACAAACGACUGAUCCACACCGCGCUGGACGUCUCCAACAUCCAGGAGAAUCUGUCUGAAGGAAAGUAUAAGAGCUACGAGGAGUUUAAAGCAGACGUCCAGCUGAUUGUUCACAACACCGCCAUUUUGUACGGAGUUCACAGCGACCAGGCGGAGAUCGCACGGUUGCUCUUCAGUGACACGUGUCAUGAGCUGAACGAGUUGUUGUUGUGUAAGAACUGUUUCUACCUGUCCAACGCCCGGCCCGAGAACUGGUUCUGUUACCCCUGUAGCCCCAGCCAUGACUUAGUCUGGGCCAAGAUGAAAGGCUUCGGCUACUGGCCGGCCAAAGUUCUUCAGAGGGAGGACAACCAGGUGGACGUACGCUUCUUUGGACACCAACACCAGAGAGCGUGGAUCCCCUCAGACAACAUCCAGGACAUCAAGGUGAGCGUCCAGCAGCGGCAGGUGAAGCGCAGCAACGGUUGGAAGAAAGCCUGCGAGGAGCUGGAGGUCUACCAGCGCUUCCUGAGGGAGGGACGCUUCUGGAAAACCAAGAUGGACGACGGCAGCCAGCCUCAACAUCAUCAACAUCAUCAUCAACAGAGCCAGAGCCAGCGGCAGCAACAACAACAGCAGCAGCAGCAGCAACAGCAGCAGCAGCAGCAGCAGCAGCAGCUGGAGGAGGAGAGCAGCAGCAGCGGCGGCGGCGGCGGGAGGACGGACAGGCUGGAGCGGACGGACGAAGCCGAGUCCAGCAUCUCCUCCACCAGCAACGAACAGGUCCGACAUCUCAAAGGCAGCCAGGAGCCAAAGGCGAAGAAAAGCCGCCGCACUCAACUGGUGGAGCUCAAAGAAGAAGCCAGUGACCCGGAGCCGGAGAUGGAGGCGGUCAGCUCCAGCCAGGAGAUCCCGGUGUCCUCGGCGCCCCAGCAGCCCGAGAAGCUGUCGGUGUCCACGCAGACCAAGAAGGCCAACGGAGGGUCGCCGCGCACGCUUCACCGCGGCACCCAGACCAACACCGACGGUGCCUGCCAGAACAUGUGCCACGAGAAGUACACCAAAGUCUUCAACGACGUCAAGGAGAUGAUGAAGGCCGACAACAAGAGGGAGACGGAGCGAGUCGUCCGGGAGGCUCUGGAGAAGCUCCGUGCGGAGAUGGAGGAGGAGAAACGCCAGGCGGUGAGCAAAGCGGUGUCCGGAGCUCAGGCUGAGAUGGAGAGGAAGUGUAAGCAGGUGAAGGAGAAGUGUAAAGAGGAGCUGGUGGAGGAGGUGAAGAAGCUGGUGGCUCAACACAAACAGCUCAUCUCCCAGACCAAGAAGAAGCAGUGGUGUUAUAACUGCGAGGAAGAGGCCAUGUACCACUGCUGCUGGAACACCUCGUACUGCUCCAUCAAGUGUCAGCAGGAGCACUGGCACGCCGACCACAAACGAACCUGCCGCAGGAAGAGAUGAACAAGCCCCGCCCCCCCUUCCCUCCCUUUCUGCCCCUUCCCCCUACACAGCACGCCAUUGGCUCUUACCCUCUCCUCCUCCUCCUCUUCCUCUUCCUCCUGUCAGUCAGUGUCUACAACACACACACACACACACACACACUCAAUCCUUCUGCUUCUCUACUUGCCUUCCUGAAAACUUUGUGGACCCGAUGUUUUCUGUGUGAAAAGAGCAAAUUUGUUCCCUUUUUUUUUUUAUUAUUAUUAUUUAAUGUACCCAUUGUAUUGAUUUAUUUCUUUCUAGAUUUUUAUUUUAUAUUUCUCUCUGAAUCACGAACAGAUCGGUUGAGAGCAUGGCUCGAAUGCAGAGUUAUGGUAUGAUUUUUUUUGUGUUUUGUUUUCCAACUUUAUUUCUCUCUUUUUUCCUUUUUUUUUUUUUUUUUUUUUUUACUGAAGUGCUAAUUUUGAACUUGUGUCAGAGAAUGUGUUAUUUAAGUGUGUAGUAACAGAUGAGCAUUAACUGAAUACAUUUUAUUACCUGAUUUUUUACAAAAAUCUCUUUUUCUUACUGUAAAUGCAACAAAUACACACCGUCGAUCUUACAAAAAAAAAAAAAAGAAAGAAUGAAAACAUUACCGUAAGUACUAUCACAGCAUUGAACUAGAUCUGCUUUCAUAGAGAAAACCUAUUUAAAACAAAAAAAAAAGACUAAAAACUGCAUAAGAUAUUGAAUCGCGGAUGACAUGGCUCACGGACGUUUAUGUAUUUUUAUUUUUUAUUGAAACUAUUUGCGGUGGACAGCACCUUUUUAUCAUUUCUACCUAAAAAAAAAUCUUAUUAUUGUCCUCAAAGUCACUUAUUGGGAACAGGGUCACGAGGUCGGCCUUAAAAGACGCCGAUGAAAGAAAUCUUCCAUUUAUUAUUAUUAUUAUCCUAAUUAAUAUUAUUAUGCACAUUUUUGGGGGAUUUUUUUUUUUUUUUUUUAAAUAGACUGUAAUUUUUAUGAGUCGGAUAUAAAAAUAAGUUUUUAAUUAGUUCUAAAUUGGGGAAAUGUAUAGAAAUCUUUCCUGAGCUGGAUCUUAGAGAGGUUCCAUUUGACAGUUUUUCCACUUUUUUUUUUUUGCACACUUUUAUUUUCUUAACAACCCAAAAUGCUUGUAAAAUUGCCAAAAAAAUCCAUUUUUUUGAACCUACCUGAGAAGAUCUGGUGAGUCCCCCCCCCCCUC